AUGCACAUAUUCCUCCGGGGGCGAUUGGGGCGUGGACAUAAGGGUCUUUAUGACACAAUCAACAAUUCGCUUCAUUUUCAAUUAGGCAUUGCUCUAGCUUCUUUAGGGGUUAUUACUUCUUUGGUAGCUCAACACAUGUACUCUUUACCUGCUUAUGCAUUCAUAGCACAGGACUUCACUACUCAAGCUGUAUUAUAUACCCACCACCAGUAUAUCACAGGAUUCAUCAUGAUAGAAGCUUUUGCUCAUGGAGCUAUAUUUUUCAUUAGAGAUUACAAUUCGAAGAAAAAUGAAGAUAAUGUAUUGGCAAGAAUGUUAGAUCAUAAAGAAGCUAUCAUAUCUCAUUUAAGUUGGGCCAGUCUCUUUCUGGGAUUCCAUACCUUGGGACUUUAUGUUCAUAACAAUGUCAUGCUUGCCUUUGGCACUUCGGAGAAGCAAAUCUUGAUUGAACCUAUAUUUUCUCAAUGGAUACAAUCCGCUCAUGGUAAAACUUCAUAUGGGUUCGAUGUACUUUUAUCUUCAACGAGUGGCCCAGCAUUUAAUGUGGGCCGAAGCAUCUGGUUGCCGGGUUGGUUAAAUGCUGUUAAUGAAAAUAGUAAUUCAUUAUUCUUAACAAUAGGUCCUGGAGACUUUUUAGUUCAUCAUGCUAUUGCUUUUGGUUUACUACAACUACAUUGAUCUUAGUAAAAGGUGCUUUAGAUGCACGUGGUUCCAAGUAAAUGCCAGAUAAAAAGGAUUUCGGUUAUAGUUUUCCGUGCGAUGGCCCAGGAUGAGGUGGUACUUAUGAUAUUUCGGCA